AUGCGUUGCCACAAAAAAACCAAGGAAAGUGGGUUUUUCGAAGGCGAUUCGUCUGAUACAGACGGUAUUAAUAUGGGAAAAGCCAUGAAAAGGACUAAAGUGUGCACUACUUCCAGUGAGUCCAAAAGAAAACCGGAAUAUACUCAGGACGAACUGGAUUCUCAUAUCAGGAAAAGUGACCCUGACGUUGGUGUUGCCAUCAAGAAACUAUUUUGCAUAGGUGUAGGAUUUGAUCUGAAUUUAGAUAUACAUCAUGCCGUGAUGUCCACCUCAUUAGUUUCUGUAAUAGAAAUGGAUAGUAAUUUGGAUUCGGAAAGGGAAAUCACGAGUAUUAACCUAGUCAUUAGAUAUCCUGAAUAA